ACUGCAAUAUCAUUUGUGAAUCCCUCUCACAGUGCUGCAGAUAGGGGCUGCCAACACAUGCGACGCGUCUGCAGGUGAGAGAGAGAGAGAGACACAGAGAGAGAGAGAGAGAGAGAGAGCGAGACAGGGGGAGUGGAGGAGUCCACGCUGAACACGCAGAACGCUGAGAGGAGUUCAACCUACAAGCUGCGUCGGAUAUACACUUUUUCACUUUCUCUGCUGUUUUUUUUUUCUUUUGAGCUCAGCCCUGAUUUUUUUUUUUUUAAGAUCUACUUUUUAUCUAUUUUGCUGAUAUAUAUUGGAGUUGGUUCGUUAAGGCAGACGAGGAGGAGUGACUUGGACGAAGGAAGGAGGCAGUCUAAAGCCACACAGGUAAUGCUGCAUAUCCUUAGAAAUAAAGGGGGGCUGAUGAGCGCCGCGCUCAAACCCCGUAGUGGGAUGAGUUUGGAAGCUGCGCGGGCAUCUCAUGCAGACGCGCCUCUGAUAACUGUGGACUAAACAUCAGGACAGACGGAGGAAGAGUUCAGUUCUCCCCUCCUUCCUCGUCAUCAAAAAAAGGAAGAGGAGAUUCUACAAACUGGGUACAAAAAAAAAAAAAAAAAGAAGAGAAGCGUGAGCGACGCGGACUGCAUGCACUUUCUGCUGAUGCUCGGGACUAUUGCACUUCGGCACAGUCCGGAGCGCACGGAGCCUCCCCGGCAAAAAACAGUGUCUCUGAUUUUUAGAACACAUAAAUUAAGGUAAAAGGAAAGCCCCCCUCCUUGCGUGCACUUGCUGCUUUCCACUGCAGCAGAAACGAGAGGAUGAAGUCUCACGCAUCCUAAGAAAAAAAAGAAAAAAGAAAAAGACCGCGCACCUAAUGAGAACGAGAUUGCCUUUUUAUACGCAGACUGCCAAUUAACAUUUAUUUUUUGACUUUUUUUUUUUUUGGUAGUUUUUUUUUAUUUAUUUAUUUUUGCCUGGACAUCUCUGCAAGACUGAACAAUGGGGACUACUGCAGCGGUGGACUGUUUGUACUAUUGCAUGCUCAUAUUGCAGCUUGUGCACCAGCCUGCUGCGAGUAAGCAAGUGCUCCGGUACCGCUUGGCCGAGGAGGGACCGGCCGAUGUCAGAGUUGGCAACGUAGCCGGCGACCUGGGCAUCGUGGCCGGGUCCGGCGAGGUGACGUUCACCCUCGAGUCCGGCUCGGAUUUUUUCAAAAUAGACAACAUCACAGGUGAGCUCACGACCAACGAGAGGCGGAUAGACCGCGAGAAACUACAACAGUGCCAAAUGAUUUUUGACGAGAACGAGUGUUUCAUAGAUUUCGAGGUGUCCGUGAUCGGACCGGCUCAGAGCUGGGUCGACCUCUUUGAGGGGAAAGUCAUCAUAUUAGAUAUAAAUGACAACACUCCGUCUUUCCCCUCGCCGGUCCUGACACUAUCUGUGGAGGAAAACAGACCCAUUGGAACCCUUUAUCUGCUGCCCACAGCCACAGACAGAGAUUUCGGCCGUAAUGGAAUAGAGAGAUAUGAGCUCAUUCAGGACAAUGGGGAAAAUUCAAGACGCUUGGGGUCUUCGGGGGAUUCUUACCAAGGGAAAAGGAGAUUUGAGGAGGGCGCAAGCAGGAGCAGUGUCUUUGAGCUGCAAGUUGCUGACACAACUGAUGGAGAGAAGCAGCCCCAACUCAUCAUUAAAGGGGCCCUUGACAGAGAACAGAGAGACUCAUAUGAGCUCACCUUGCGGGUUAGGGACGGAGGAGAUCCCCCGCGCUCAUCUCAGGCCAUUCUGAGAGUAAUGAUCACUGACGUGAAUGACAACAGCCCCCGGUUUGAAAAGAAUGUGUAUGAAGCUGACCUGCCUGAAAACAGCUCCCCCGGGGCCCCCAUACUCCAGCUUAAAGCAGCAGACGCAGACGUGGGGGUUAAUGGUCAAAUUGAAUAUGUGUUCGGGGCAGCCACAGAGUCCGUGAGAAGACUGCUGAGGUUGGAUGAGAGCACCGGGUGGCUAAGUGUCUUGCACCGCAUUGACCGUGAAGAAGUUAGCCAACUGAGGUUCACAGUAAUGGCCCGUGACCGGGGCCAGCCGCCCAAAAUGGAUAAGGCCACGGUGGUGCUGAACAUCAAGGACGAGAACGACAACGUACCGGCAAUCGAAAUCCGAAAAAUCGGCCGCAUUUUUCUUAAAGAUGGCGUGGCCAACGUAGCUGAGGAUGUGGUGGUUGACACGCCCAUUGCCUUGGUUCAGGUGUCAGACCGAGACCAAGGGGAGAAUGGCAUAGUGACCUGUACGGUAGUAGGGGACGUGCCCUUUCAGCUUAAACCAGCCAGUGAGAUGGAAGGUGAGCAGAACAAGAAGAAGUAUUUUCUCCACACAUCCGCACCACUGGACUAUGAGGCCACACAGGAAUACAAUGUGGUCAUAGUGGCUGUGGACUCCGGAAGCCCCAGUCUGGCAAGUAAUAACUCUCUUAUCGUCAAAGUGGGUGACACUAAUGACAAUCCUCCUAUCUUUAGCCAGAACGUAGUUGAGGUAUCCUUCCCUGAAAGCAAUGCCCCUGGCGAGAGGGUGACAACAGUAAAAGCUGUUGAUGCUGACAGCGGGAAAAAUGCUGAAAUAGCAUAUUCCCUCGAUUCUUCUGUAAAUGGGAUUUUCUCUAUUGAUGCAGACAGUGGAGACAUCCGAGUAAACACCAUCUUGGAUAGAGAGCAAACAGAGCGCUAUGAAUUUAAAGUGAUAGCUAAAGAUAAAGGCAUAAACACUCUGCAGGGCUCUGCAACGGUGGUUGUUCUCGUGGGGGAUAAGAAUGACAAUGAUCCAAAGUUCAUGCAGGAUGUGUUCACCUUUUAUGUCAAAGAGAAUCUCGACCCGAACAGCCCAGUUGGUAUGGUCACGGUAAUUGAUGCCGAUAAAGGCCAAAAUGCAGAGAUGGGUCUUUUCAUUGAGGAAGAGGAGGAAAUCUUUUCUAUUGAGAACGAAACUGGGACUAUUUUUUCCACCCUCUCCUUUGACAGAGAGCAAAAAACUACAUAUACAUUCCGUGUCAAAGCUGUGGACGGUGGCGAUCCACCCAGAUCCGCUACGGCCACAGUCUCACUUUUCGUUAUGGAUGAAAAUGACAACGCGCCAACAGUCACCUUCCCGAUAAACAGCUCUUACACCCUUCUUCCUCCCUCCAGCAACAUCCGGACAGUUGUCAGAACGGUCAUAGCCACCGAUACGGACACCGGCAUCAAUGCGGACCUGAACUACAGCAUCAUCGGGGGCAAUCCCUUCAGACUGUUUGAGAUUGAUGGGGGCACAGGGGUCAUCUCGCUGAUGGCAAAGCUGGAACCGAAACACUAUGGUCUCCACAGACUUGUAGUCCAGGUGAAUGACAGUGGUCAGCCUUCGCAGAGUACCACCACUCUGGUUCACGUGUACGUUAAUGAAACACUUUCUAAUUCCACAAUAGUGGAGGCACAGGUGGCAAAGAGCCUGAGUACGUCCCUGAACACCAACAUUGCUGGUGACCCCAACUAUGACCUCAGCAAACAGCGCUUAAGCAUAGUAAUAGGAGUAGUUUCGGGCAUCAUGACGGUCAUUCUCAUCAUCCUUGUUGUUGUCAUGGCCCGCUAUUGCCACCCUAAAAAUAAGAAUGGCUAUGAAGCGGGCAAGAAGGAUCAUGAGGACUUUUUCACGCCCCAGCAGCACGACAAAUCCAAGAAGCCCAAAAAAGACAAGAAGAAACAGAAGUCCAAACAGCCUCUCUACAGCAGUAUUGUCACUGUAGAGGCUUCCAAACCCAACGGGCAGCGCUACGACGGGGUCAACGAGAAGCUUUCGGACAGCCCCGGCAUGGGGCACUACCGUUCGGUCAACGGAGGGCCAGGGAGCCCGGACCUGGCUCGGCACUACAAGUCCAGUUCACCGCUCCCCACUGUCCAGCUUCACCCUCAGUCACCGACGGCUGGGAAAAAGCACCAGGCAGUUCAGGACCUGCCCCCUGCCAAUACCUUCGUUGGCACCGGGGAUAACAUUUCCCUUGGAUCUGACCACUGCUCCGACUACAGCACUCAAACCAUCAACAAGUACAACAAACAGCCGUUUCGUCGAGUGACCUUCUCGGUGGUGAGCCAGCCCCAGGACCCUCACCAGCAGGGAUCGCUGCAGAGCUGCUACGACAGCGGCCUGGAUGAAUCGGAGACACCCAGCAGCAAGAGUUCUUCGGGCCCCCGCCUAGGCGCCCUCCCCCUGCCCGAGGACAGCUACGAGAGGACAACGCCGGAUGGCAGUGUCGGUGAGGCAGAGCACAUGGAAAAUGAUUCACGGCCCUUGCCUGACGUAGCCAUGACUGGCAAGUGCACCCGGGAGUGCAACGAGUACGGCCACUCGGACUCCUGCUGGAUGCCUGUGCGCACGUCGCCCGAGCGAAGGCCGUCCAAGUCAACUACCAACCCCCAACAACAACAACCAAAGCUUUCCACUUUCAUGACCGGCAAUGGCAGCAGCGGGAGCAGCAGCAGCAGCAGUGGCAGCACGGAGCAGCCAGGUAGCCAAGAGACCCUCGCCAUGGCCGCCAUGGCUAAUGGAGACCCCACCGCCACGCACAUGAUGGGAGACCGCAACCGCAACCUGCUCAACAAGAAGAUGGCCUCCUCCUCUUCUUCAUACGAGGCCUUUGGCUCGCCUUCCUAUGGCUCACCAGGAGGUGGAGAAGAGACGCUGGGACUCCCUACCGAGGAGAUCCCCCUGGCGCCAACCGGCGAGUACAAGCCCACUUCCUGUGGCACUCUGACGCGACGGGAGGUGUACCUGUAAAUCCAGGAGGUUUACCACAACGCCGGUGGCAUUAAAACCCAUCGUGAAGGAUAGGUACUCAACCCAUAACUGUUGCUGUUUUAGAUGCUUUUUUUUUUACCCACCCACGAUCCAACUAAAACUUCUCCAAAGAUGUUACAGCUACUCCUUAACAAAACAUCUGAGUGAACAUGUAAACACAGAACAUUUUCUUAAAGUGCUAAAUCUGGCCGUGUACCGGCUGAGAAGAGGAGGAGGAACUAAUGGAGAGUCUCGCUGUUGGGAGCCAGCCUGCUGCCUGAUAGUCCAUCUGUAAAGUUAAUCAACUCAUUUUAGAUGUACAGCACACGCAUGACUACUCCAACGUUCCCCACAGAAAGAACUGCUGUUUUUAAAGAUAACACUGUACAAAUAAGCCUAUUUCCGUCCUUCCCUUUGUCUUUUCGUUUUCUGGAAUCAGAAUUGUACUCGCAGAUUCUUUGGACUGCGGAGUCUUUCUUGGUUUUGCCUUUUUUUUUUAUAACUCAUAACAGUCUGGCCAAGAUGCCCUUUGGCUAAACAAAGCAACGGACUCUCUCACUAUACUGACCAUGGAAUCGUCCAUCUUUAGAGUUUGUAACUGAACUUGCAAGCCGCGACCCGGCUGAAUUUGAAUCUCAUAAGGGACUGGAAAGACUUAGCUUUAAAAACUCUUCCCUCUUCGCGAUACAGAAGCUCUUAGGUUAGAAGCCAAUGGACUUUCCUGGCUGGACUACAACUCCAUGUAGAGACAAUGAUGAACUUGUGAUGAAUGACCGACAGCGUGAGCACCUUACGCAAGUGUCACUCAUUGUAAAUACGCAUCGGAAGAUGGCAACAGAGCAAGCGGCUUUGCCCCCACCCCUGCUACCUUUACUCAGUCUCUUGCUGUUUUGUCUUUAAUAAUCUUUGCUAAGAUUGAGACGAAACCCCACCUUGAGAAAUGCAAGAAACGUCUACAAUCACGAGAAGCAUGGUUUAUUAUCAGAUCACCUUAGUAAGAAGAGUAUACAAACUAUUGAGUUUAACUGUGUUUAUUGGUGGCAAGUUGGGUUAAGCACAGUGUGUUGGCAAGAGAUUAAAAUUCUAGAGGUGUUGGGAGACUGAGAAGCAUUCCCAUGGUUGAGUUAGCACUGGAAAAGUUGCAAGGACAGACAUGUCUUACUUUCAUUUGUGCGCAUGAGUGUGUGUGUAGUAGGACUGAGCAAUAAAUACCAUGGCGUAAGUGUGGCCAGUAUCUUGUUUUUCACUCUUCGCUCAAAAGCCUUCGAGUUGACAUCAACACCCAUACACUGGAAUCCUUUAAGCGCUCAUAGCGGUUGCUUUCUUAUACCAUGAAUGUAAAGCCCUGUGCACACAACGUGUUUUGUUUGUUUGUGUUUGUUGUUGUUUUUUGGUUAAAACGGAAAGGUUUUGUUGCAUUUCUGCUAUUUGUGUGAAUGCCAUUCUGGUUCACACAAAUGGCUCAGGUUCUCUCUGAAAAUGGCACAAUUGGAAAAUAGCUUCCGGAGUGGAAGGAUUCAAAAGCAUCUCGGUCUCAGUUGUCUGGAGCACAAAACAAAAAAUGGAAUCUGCUUGUUUGUGGACGCCCUAACACAUGCACAGUAUGACUGCAAUCAGAAGAAAUAAAUGUGCACCACAUAAUGGAUACCGAGCUGUCUGAAAACCACAGCGGUGAUUUUAUAUUUCAGAGUCAUGCGAACCACUUGCUUGUAAGGCCAUAGAAACAUUUAAGUCCCGGCCAGUCUGAGAAUUUAUUCAGCAGUGGUGCCUUUUAAAGCAGGGAGUGUUUGUACAAAGAUCGUGAUUAAAACAUCAAGUAGAUUUGUUAACAGAAAAAUAAAUCUCGUUUUUAUUGCUGUGUGGACAGGGCCUAAGAAUUGGCAAAGUUAGGGAACUAUCGCACAAAAACAGUGGCAGUUUGGAAUAAAUUUUGAGAAAUUUUGCUGUCAAUGUCAAACCAAAAACUCACAAAUAGGAUGAUGUAUUACCCUUAGACGAAGAAAAAGAAAGCUUUCUCAGAGAACCUCGCUUUAAGUACGCAUUACUUGUUUUGUGGAAGAAUGAGCGAUAAGAAUGUGAUGUCUCAACUAAACAACCCAUAUAAUUAUACAACUACUCUUUCUACACACAAAUAUUAUUGUUGAGAUUUUGUGCCUCCCUGUGUACAUUGUUUUCUUUUUUUAUUAUUAUAAUUUUUGAAGCUGCAGAGGCACAAAUCUCACUGUAAUUAAAGAGAUGCAAUGUAACUUUUAUUUUUUUCUUUGUUUGUUUUGUUUGUUUGUUUUUGUACUUUAGCAAAAUCCCCCUUUUGCUCAACCGGAGGUGCUUUUUCAGUUUUUUUUCUAAAAACCCCACUCCGGCAAUCUAUAGCCUGUAAGUAAUACUUGUCGUUUGAAAGAAAGUGCUCCUAAUACUUAUCAACUGUAUACAUAAAUAUUUACUUUUUACUGCACGUUUAAUGGCAACGUACUUCACUUACAGAGGAGGAAAGAUGAAAAAAAUAAAUAAAUAAAAACUGUAAAAGAAAAUGUACAAAAAUUUACCAAAAAAAAAUUUCUCUUGUAAACAGAAGCCCAUCUUGUUGCUUGCAUUUUACCCAUGUAAUGCGACUUUGUACACCAAUCAAGACUGAACAAUGGAUUUUUUUUUUCACCCAUUAACAAAUUUUAUAGUUGCCUCAUGUCACAAAAUACUUUCAAUGUUUUUUUUUUUCUUCUAUAUCAGAUGUAUACCAUUAGACUAGACAAUUUUUCAUGUAUUUUAUUGUUUUAAUCCCUUACAAUGAUGAGUCACACAGUUGCAGAUAAAAUUGUGGAAAUGGUCGCAAUGAUGUACUGUGUUUCACUCUUUGUUUUUCUCCUUUAUCUGGUUCCACUUUGUAUACUGAGAGUGCUUCUAAAAAAAGGGGGGGGGGAUAAAACAAAACAAAAUUAGAGAGAAUGCAAAUAUGCAAUUGUGCCUUUUUAUACCAAUUGAUAGGAUUAACUGUUGGUCUGGAAUGGUGCAUAAAUGAUCACGCUAACAAGUAGAUGGGGUUGGCAUUUAAGCACUGAAAGUCAUCUGCAUAUCUUAGAUGAAAUACCACGAUGUCAACAAUUUGUUUUCUUGCUUUUUGAAGGACAACUUGUCACAUGUCAGUAAGCCAGUAUAGGGUCUAAACAUUUAAAUGGCUGUUCUUCACUCUGGAUCAGUUAACUUGUUGACUUACCCAUUUCCUAGUGCAUCCUUAGUGCAUUACUGAAUGAAUACAGGUGCAGGUGAAAAGUUGCUUGUUGGUGGAACUGAUCUAUUGGAUUUACUUUUUUUUUUUUUUUCGUCGUGUUCCGCUCAUGUACACGUGUGACAACAGAGGUCAAGUAACCUUCAUUGUGCAUGAAACAAAAGCUCUAGAACUGAAUCUAAAAAAGCUCUGAAUGUUAAAGAAAGCGGGGGAAGGUAAGAAAAACAAACAAGAAAAAA